AUGCGAUAUGAUACCAGCGAAGUCUGUACCUCUGCGGUAUCAUGGCGAACGGCGUUUCGUGAGCUUCCUGGGCUGGACGAGGAUACCAAACUGGAGAGCUUGAGAGAGGAAUUGGUGAAGCGUGGGAUUCAUUUAAGACCUGGUGUCUUAAAGGCUAGAAUCGUGAUCUCUUGUCGGCCAAGCUGGACGAGUGAGCCGUUGUCUGCAGCCUUGGAUGCCGUGAAGCAAGGCAUGCUGGUUGGCAGAAUGAUGUUCAUCUGA